GUGAGCGCAUUGCUCGUAAACUGUAAGUUGCUGACCCGGUUUAAAUUUUUUUCAUGGGGUGACAUAUUACUCGGGAAAACUUUCUUGUUAAUUGGCAAUUUUAAAAUUUUCUAAAUGUUAAUAUCAGCUUUACUUGUAUACUUAUAAGUGUAUAGUAUUUUGUUUGGAUAACAUUUCUGGGAAAAAGUUACGACAAAUUUCGCAUGAUAAUCGUAAUUUCAAGAUCUGGAAAAUGGCAACCGGUGGCACUUUUUUGUUAUGGAUUAUUUCUAGCAGCAGCAGGUAAAAUUUAUUGAUGUUGAAUAGCAAAAAUGGGCUUGAACUAAUACAGAAUGCUGCUGUUAGGUACGAGUGUAUUUAAAAGAUGUAUAUUCUCGUGUGGUUCCGGACACGGACUUCGUAACAAGGAAGUGGAGGCGAAUGUCACUUGCUCCUGAUUUCGGCCAAGGUUUCACAGGAGUACCACCACCAAACAGAAAUGGAGCAUGCAGAGCUUGUGGCCGAAAUGGCCCAUGUGGAGCACCUGAGCACCCAAGAACGUCUCCACUUGGCACGCCGUCGACGCUUGCAGCAACUCAAAGCAUGGGCACAGCGAGAGAAGAAGUGGUCAGGCCAGAAGGUUCCGAAGUCCAACAAACACAUAUACUUCAGUGACAGUGUUAUGCUUCUAGAAGCUGCUGCUAGGAAUGACAUUGAUGAAGUGAGGCGGUUGUUAAUAAAAGGUGUUAGUCCUGAUUCAACCAAUGAAGAUGGUCUGACUGCCCUACAUCAGUGCUGUAUUGAUGACAAUGAGGAAAUGAUGAAGCUUUUAAUUGAAUAUGGUGCAAAUGUAAAUGCAGAGGACAGUGAGAAAUGGACACCUCUUCAUGCUGCUGCUACCUGUGGCCAUCUACAUCUUGUCCGGUACCUCAUCAGUCGAGGUUCCAACCUUCUGGCUGUGAAUGCAGAUGGGAAUAUGCCAUAUGACAUUUGUGAAGAUGAGGCCGCACUGGACUACAUUGAAGGUGAGAUGGCUCGGCGAGGAGUGACUCAGGAACUGAUAGAUGAGACACGUGCUUCAACAGAGCUGCAGAUGUUGAGAGACCUUCAUCAGUUGGCAGUAGAGGGCAGAGACCUGGAAGCAUAUGACCACCAGGGAGCUACACCACUCCACAUUGCAGCAGCAAAUGGCUACUUGAGAGUUGUGGAGUUCCUUCUGGAUCACAAUGUUGCAACCAAUGUAAAAGACAAUGAUGACUGGCAGCCUGUGCAUGCUGCAGCCUGCUGGGGACAUUUGGAAGUUCUUGAGUUACUGGUACAUCAUGGUGCAGACUUGAAUGCCAAAACAAAACAUGAAGAGACACCUGCUGAUAUUUGCGAGGACCCAGAACUACGGGAAAGGAUCCUCCAGUUGCGGAGUGAACAGGAGACAAGGAGACUGCAGGAAACAAAGAAACGUGGUGUCAACCGGUCACAGUCCAAUACACGCACGCAGUCAGUGCGAAGAACAUCAAUAAGGGACAAAACAAUUAUCACAAAGAAAGAUGCAGUGGAGGAGGCGCGACGAUUGGCACAGGAAGUGUUUGUUUCUCCUGUUGAUGGGAGUGGAGCCAGAGUGGAGCCAGGGGCCCUGGAGAACAUUCCUCCUGGAGAUCAUAUCCCCAGCCCAAAGGAUGCUGCAAAUGGUGAGGUGGUAGGGAGUGGCCUGGUGGUGCCUACAGAAAGACGAGCCCCUGAGGGACAAGAUAAUGAUCUGGAAGGAGAGUUUGAUAAUGACUCCAAACCUGCAGCUCUAGGUAUAUUAGGGCUGCCAACAAGUUAUGUAACUGGAGGUAAUGGCAACAUCAACAUUCACGUAUCUGUAACAAUAAAUGCUGGCACACUGGCUGACCUCAAAAAACAGCGAUCACAGAUCCGCAACAAUAGUCCAGAAGGAGUCACAACAGGUCUUUCACCCAUCUCCUCAGUUGCAAGCAGUCCAAUGCCUUCUGUGCAGCGCUUCACUGGAGACACAGAUGAUGUUGUGGGUGACCCCAAGCCCAAACGUUGCUGUGUCAUUUCCUGAGGCAUACUUAAUUUUUAAGUAGAUGAGCUAGUACAAAUUUGUACCAUGAAUCAUUGUUGUUGGAACCCAGUGCAUGUUAUUUAUUUCACAUUCCAUAUUUACUGACUUCUCCAUAGGAACAUAUUGCAUUUGUGUGUGAUACAUUCCAGUGUUAUGUCUUCCUAUGCAGUGGAGUGAACUUAUGGUUGUUAAUUGCAGGUAUGUUUAAAUGCCAGGGCCUGAGGUUGAAAAUGGUAUUACUUUUAGGUAUUGAAUCCAUGGUAUAUUGAUUAGCCUUUCUGUAUCUUCAAAACAAAUGUGGUUUUUGUUGAUGCGGUCACUGUUAGAUUGUACAAUUGUCAGAAAUCCUAGGAUGGAACAAAACUUGUGGUAAUAUGAAUUAUCCAACAUUGAUGUGCUAAUUGAUUAGGGUUAUUGAUUAAUUUUUAAAGUUAUGAACCAUAGUUACAAUUUUAUCCUUUUUAAUACGAUAUAAAGGUUGUUCCAAAGUAACAUCAAGAAGAAAGAAAGAAAGAGAAGGAAAUAUACAGAUGAACUGUGUCUGUAAAGUUGGGACGUACUUCCCAAGUUUUGCUUUUUUGUAAUAAUUAAUGCUGAAAACUUGAAGAAAAGCAAAAAAUAUUAUAAAAACUGUGAAGGUUCACCUGUGUUAGUGAAGUCCAUUGUUAGGCUCAUUUGACUACCUUUGCACACAUUAUCAAUAUUCAGAUUCUUGCUAGAGUUAAGUGAGAACAUUCGGAGUACAAACUCAGCAGGAUCUCCCAUUGUUCCCUUUUAAUGGCCAUUGAUUUUUCACAUUUGAUACCGCUUGUUGUAUAUGGUCCCAUGUGUUUGUCAAGUGAAAGUGGAGUUAGGUCCAGAAAUGAAAGUGGCCAAGAUGUUGAACCUCUCCCAGUUCACCAGUCCGAAAGAUGCUCAUUUAUACUUAUAUGAUGAAUCUUCAUAUAAAAGAAGGGGGAGGGGAGGGGAGGAGAGCAAUUGAUCUGUUAUGUUCCAUUUGUCAUAGUAUAAACUUCGAACUUGGGUAGGGAUUCAUGAAAAUCUAUAUGAGAUGGUGGAUUGUGAGAGGAUGCUUGAAACCUUGGCCAACUUGAACUCUGACAUUUUUGCUUAUGGGAUUAUAUUAAACUUUCGUGCUGAGGAUGAAAAUUUAUGACACAGACCAUAUGAAGUGAAGAAUCAGAAACAUACCUGUAACUGCAGAAGUACUCAUUCAGCCAUGACAGGAUUUGGAAUACAAAAUGAAUGUGUGCAAAGCGACUCAUAUUGACCCUCAUGGGUAACACUGAUACAUUUUCAGGGUCUCUCAUUUCAUGCUUCAUUCAGUGUUUCCAACACUAAUUGUUAACAAAAUAACUAAACUUGAAAAUGGUACCAUAAUUUUAGAUACAUGGUGUAUUGUCAUGUGACUGAGUGUGACUAGACAGGGUGUGGAUCAGAAGUCAGAUUUAUUGGACUCUUACAGAUGUGUAACUACAAGUAAUUUUAACUGUUUCACUAAUUCACACACUUUACAGUUCACUAGAGCACACUUAAAUCUUCUUGCCCUACUGUCUUCACCAGUCUUCAGGUAAUGGCUUCCAGUGGUGGACAUUCCCCAUCCUCUGGGUUCCAAACUGUUCCUGGCCUCAGCUACAGCAACUCUCAACUAACUCUAGAUUUGUCCUGCAUGGAUCACGUAGAAAACACCAUUACUUGUAUUGUAUCCAGUUGUUGCCGUGAAAACAUGCUUGUUUGUGGAGCUGUUACUUAGUAACAGCUGUUGUAUAUUUGCUUAUCUCAUGGUCAUUGCCCUGCAGUGGGUCUACAUGCCACAGUAUUUCACUUGUGUCCACACUCAAUCAGUCAAGCAAGUAUUGGCUGAUAUGCUGUUGGCUUACUGUUUUUCUCAACUGUCAGCAACAGGAUUGAAGGAUUGAUGUAUGUGCCCUGAAUUUGCAUCUGCUAUUGAAGUAACUGAACUUAGAACCCAU